GCGUUAAAACAAACAAACAAAGUAUUAGUAUAGAUUUUAUAGUCGCAUUGUAUAGUCAAUACUACUAGGUCCAUUCAUCAUUAAAUACAUCAGUCUGGACUCUAUGAGGUUGGAUUAUUAAAUAGUUUUAAAUUAGCCGAAAUUUCUGCAAUGAUACCAUUCUGUAAACAUGUAAAGUUAACUCUAAUAAUACAUAUGUAUUAUUUUUUCUUGAAAUACAUAUUGAUGUCAGUAGUAGGAUAUAAGUACUAACUUUAUCGUUGUGGUGACCUAAUGAGUGUUACGAACUGGUAAAAGGUUGUCGGAGAGAAUCCGGUGAGUACUACGGUGAAGGAGACUGAAAUACAUGCAUUUCAUUUCUUGUCUUAUAAUAGCAUCCGGCGCCGGUAAUCUAACUGCGUUCCAAAUCAUGGUCUCGAAGGAACUUAUGAUUGCUUUACUAUUUCACAUAAAACGACUAGAUUUGACAUGAUAACCAAACUGGGGUUAUACCACACAGUGGAAGCCGGUUGUGCGCGCGCGCAUUCGAGCGGCGAUCUGACGCGCGGACGUACGCCUCGCCAACAAACGUGAAAGUUACUAUCACGAAACACAACAUUUACUCAAAAACUUCUACCAACCUAAAAUGUACUCUGCUGUGACCGAAAUAAGUUUCAAUUUACAGUGUGGACGGAAGCAACAUUAAAAAGUGCAAUACUCCAAAGUUAGUGAUAUUUCCGAGUUGUGGACAGUGCCGAGGAAAACUGUUUAUCCUCGAAGAAGACAUUGGACCGAUGCCAUAACUUAUCAUACCCACAACAUUAUAUAACAACACAGAAAUACAAACUGGGCAAGCAAAGCGAUAUAAACAAAAAGAAAAUUAUAUUAAGAAUAAUUUAAAUAUUAACGCACAAAAAAGUAGUCAGAACUGAAACUACUCCAAGACUGAAAUUGAAUUGCAAGUGAAAGUGAUGUAUCGUCGUGAUGUGGAUCCAGAUGAAGAGGUAUUUGCGGUCGCUGUUGAGCCUGAAGUGGUUGGUGCUGAUGUCGCUGUGCGCGGCGCGCAUGGUGCCGCAGCCCUCAGCCCCGCUGCUGCUGAGCGGCGGGCUGGUGCGCGGACACAUCGCGGAGGAUGGCUCGCACGUGCGGUACCUGGCUAUACCCUACGCCACCGUCACACACAGGUUCCAGGCUGCUAAACCUGAUCCAAAGUGGGAAGGUGUCUACGAUGCUAUCGAUGAGCAUGUGAGGUGCAAGCAGAGAUUCACAAGCAAUAAAAUAUCAGGCGUCGAGGACUGUCUCACCGCUAACGUGUACACUCCACUCCCGCAGAGUGACAGCCUCCUACCAGUGAUGGUGUUCAUACAUGGAGGGGGCUUCAGAGACGGCUCCGGAUCACCAUUCAUCUACGGACCGAGACACUUAAUCAAACAUGGUGUUAUUCUAGUCACAUUUAAUUAUAGACUAGAAGUUUUAGGAUUCUUGUGCUUAGGUAUCAAAGAAGCGCCUGGAAACAUAGGUUUAAAAGACCAAGUCCAAGCAUUAAAAUGGGUGAAGAAGAAUAUUAAGGGAUUGGGAGGAGAUCCGGACAAUGUGACUAUUUUUGGUGAAAGUGCGGGAUCUUCGGCAGUUGCUUAUCACCUGCUGUCGCCGAUGUCGCAAGGAUUGUUCAACAAGGCUAUUCUGCAGAGCGGCUCGGCUCUCUCCCCGUGGGCCUUACAGUUUGAACCCGUCAAAACUGCGAGACUUCUUGCAGCACAAAUGGGUUAUAAAGUUGAAGAUCCCCAAGAAAUAUACAACAUUUUCAAAAGAUCGAAGGCCGAAGAUUUGUUGAAACAUCGGGUUCCUAGAGAAAAAGGGGACAUAGUUUUAUCCGAAAACAUUUUUGUACCGUGCAUUGAAAAAAGUAUAGCCGGAGUGGAAACCUUCUUGCCAGAUAAUCCUUAUACUUUGUUGUCUGAGGGUAAAUACAAUAAAGUUCCUGUUAUUAUAGGUUAUAAUAACCGUGAAGGUUACUAUUUCGCUGGUAAAGAAAAUGAUACUACUCUAUUCAAUAUUGAUUUCAAAAAAGCUUUACCAAGAGACCUGUUGUUCCCAACAGAAAAGGAAAAAAUGACCGCUGCAAAAACAUUUAAUGAACUAUAUAUGAAGGGAGAGAAAAUAAGUAGAGAACCAUCAGCUCUAUUAAAGAUGGCCCAUUAUCAAGGAGACGCCGGUAUAAAAUACUCAGUAUUAGCUACAAUAGACCUCUUUCUCAAAAGUCUCGAUAAACCUAUUUAUGCUUACGAGUUCAGUUACGGUGGCUUCCUGAAUUUCGCCAAAAAGAUGUUCGGGUUCAGGAAGUACCCGGGGGCCACGCACGCGGACGAACUCUUCUACAUGUUCAGCAUGCCCGCGCAGCUCAAUGUGGAAAGAGAUAUGAUAGAGAAGAUGACGAGUUAUUGGACUAACUUUGCUAAAUAUGGUAACCCAACGCCUGAUUCUUCGAACUUGCCAAAAUGGGAGCCAGCAGCGGUGCAGGACCCUCGGCUGAUGGUCAUAGACAAGGAGUGUGUCAUGGCGCCCGUCUGGGGGGACGAGUAUAUGGGAGUCUGGAAUUAUACCUACUCCAAAUACAGAAGAAUACAUUAAUAAACAAAAAAAUACGGAAACUGGGUUUAGAAAAUCGUUCCUUGAUUUCAGGGACAUUUGAGAUUAUGCUCUAUUCAAAAUGAAUAUUGCUGAAAAGUUGUUGCCAAAUCUUUAGGAAGUAAACUUUUAUAUGUAUCAAACUGACUACUAUAAGAUAUAGCCAAUUGUAGUAUUUAUUUAUAUUGAUAGUUAAUAGGUAAACUGAAUUAUUUUACAUGAACUGAAUUUUUGUACUAAGAAGUCUCUGAGAGUAAUAUAAAUAAUUCAGUUUCAUUACACGAUCACGUGGAACAUGUACUUCACAGGUCUAGCCAAAACUAUAUUCAUGUAAAUACAUAGCCUUAAGUUGCCUUGCAUAUUUAAUAUAUUGUUUAUAUACUCAUAAUAUAUCAAAAUUCAAAACAAAAUA